UUUCCAAGAUUGGAAAUUCAACCAGUCGACUAACACACGUGCUGGCCAUGCAAACGUGGCUCGAGGACUUACUGACAGUUUAACAUGCUGUAAGUUUUAACGUUUCGGGAAAGGUUUAUUUAUUUUUUUAAUAUGACGUCCAAUUGAUUGUCGAGAUGAUUCGACCAAGAAAGAAGAAGCCAAUUUUUUUAUGCUGCAACUACAACCUGCUAGCGUUAGCCGAAUCUCAAGCCUGAACAUAUUCAGACGUGUUCUGUGGCACAGCGAGGGGCUUGCUACCAUUCAAACUCUAAAUCUUCCAAAUCGGUUAAUGCAAAGAAAAUGGAUUACCACUUCCCACCGCAGCUUUUCCCCUCAUUCUACAACAGUGGACCACCAGGCGGCUCGCAGAAACCUUGUGCUGAAAUUUGGGGCAGUUACGAUCUGGUCCAACCUCAGGGCGGCUCUGGACCUCCAAGCAACUGGACCUUUACAUCCAGACAUCAGGUGAAAGGGGAGAUUUGGCGUCACAGAGAACCGGCACCGAUUCCCCUCCUCAAACCAAAUAACUCUCUCAUUUGGUCUUCAACUCUUCCUAAUCCACUGGACUUCACAGAGCAUAUGCAGAACUUCUACAUCGAUCAUUGCCAAGAUGCCUUUGGAUGCAUAAGUGAAGUUCUGGGGGACAAUUUCUAUUUUAAGCAUGGAAGGAAACAGCGUCAACACAAGGAUGCGGUUCACACGUGGAAGAUCAAACGGUUCCUUGACCUGCUGAAUUUUCCACUAUGUCACCGCUCAGAUUGCUCCACAUCACUUCAGGCCUACAGUGCUUUGCUGUCAGAUGUGGUGCAAAAUGUCCCGCCGGAGCUCCUGGGCUCGCUGUUGUAUGAGGAACUGACGGAGCAGAGAGACCGCCAGCUGUUCUAUGAAGGAGCCACAGGGGGCGCACUCGACUUCAUCCCCUUCUGCCAAAUUGGAGACUCUCAACAUGGCUGCCUCCUCUAUCCCGGAAACCGGGGAAUGGACCGGCUCAACUUCCACAGGGUGGCGUGGGAGCUCCAGCCGGACAAAUGUUUCUCCUUGAACUCCAGCAAAAGCAAACCGUUCGGCUUCCAACUGAAAGGCCCCAUCCGGCAGAUCAGCUCAGCGUCCUUGUUCAACAUUUGUUGUGUCGCUGUGCGCUCGGAUCGUUUGUGCGGCCUUUGGAGAUUUGGCGACAGAGAAGAACCGCGUUUGCUGCAAGUUGUCAACACCAAAGAGGUUGCCACUUGUGUUACUGUCAGUCCUCACGUUUUAGGUGAAGUUUUGGUGGCAAGUGAAAGUGGAAUCGUAAACUUGUGGACUGUUGGCAAAGGAAUCCAAAAGGUUUGGGAGGACGACAGCAAUCUUUACUUUAAUGCUAAGUCGUCAUGGCGAUGGUGUGAGUUCUCCGCCCAUCCUCGGGUGAUGCUCUACGCCGACAGGACCGGCGCGGAACUCUGCGAUAUCAGGACGAGUCCCGCCUCCAAUCGCACGCUGUUUAGCAUCAGCAGCACCGCGGCGUGCAGGGCUGGAGAGAGGCUUCUCCUCUCGAAAUAUCUGGCUGAGGUUCACGCCUUCCACCAUCUCGUCACCACUCAGUACUCGGCCUACAUUCUCGACGAGCGCUUCCCCCGCUUGCCGGUGCUGAAGAUGGAUCACAUGAUGCAUUCCCCGCCCAUGUUCUGUCACGUCCUUCCCGGCGUAUCGUCAUCCGGGAGCAGAGCUCGCAGCGCAAAGGUUUUCCUGGCUUCCCAGAGCUCUCAGGAAGUCACGCAGCUGCAGUACUCAGGUGGCAGAACGGAAGCGUGCGUCAGCGUGGGCCCGCCGCAGUCGCUACUCCGGCCUCGCGACAGCCUCCAGCACCUUCCCGUCCAGAUCCCGCACCGCCAGGACACGGCGGCGAACAGGCUGUCCUCGUCGUCUGCGGGUCUAACGUGUAUCCAAAGGAGCGCCAGAGACGGAAGCUACGAUUGCGUCUGCGUGCUCCAGCUGACCCAGGCAGGCGAUAUUUUCUACCAGAUCCUUGAACACGAGCGGCCGGACGGCUCCUCGCCCCCGGCGACGGAGGACGAAGCCCCCCCUGAAACAAACCCCCGGAAGCCUCCGCCCGCAACGCUGGAAAGUACCCCGGAAACGGCGAGAGAAUCUUCAGCGCCUCGCCUCGCGCCUUCUCAGUUGACGGUUCCCGACACGUCCGGCGACGAGGACGUCAUUCCGCCAACUCAAAUCCUUCACAGAUUUGUGGCCGAGACACCGGAGAGAAAACUCCGCGGGGAUUUCGGGAACUCGGACACCGGUUCUGAGGAUUCAGAGACACGACGGAGAGGACGAAACCUGAAAGGGUUCAACCUGCAGUUGUUCGUCAAUGAUGAUCAAGCGCCCGAGCGCCGAUUGAGUGCGGAUGGAGAAAAUGGAAAUGCGCCAAGCGGCGUUCAGGACGCGCACGCUCAUCGACCUCUCCAACUGGGCGAAGAUGCUCUCAACACGUGGAAAGUCUGGCUCCAAAAACUAAUGCGCAAGAGCCGCAAAAAGAAGCCGCGUCCGCGCCCCCCGCACCAAGUCACCGUCAACGCCGGCGGGCUCUUCGGUCUGACCGGCGACAAAAUUAAAAAAGUGUCCCAAGAGAGCCAGAGUAUGAGACGUCAACUGAGUCUGUGCAUGUCCGAGCGCUCCCCGCUGGUGAGAAGCUCCGCCUCUUCCGACGUGGUGCCGUUUCCCCAGCAGGUGGACGCGGAGGCGUGGCCCGACGAUCUCAGUCGGCGUCUGACCCUGGCCUGGCGAGGCGAGGACAAGUGGAGAGCGUGGUGGCAAGACCGGCUGGGCCUGAACAAGGAAUUCAAGAGGAACGCGCUGCGAAGGCGCAGGAGGAAGGAAAGGGAGGCCAGGAUGCGAUCCGCCGGCCGACGGCUGGCGCUUUCCGAAAGCUUCACUUCGUCAAUCACCUACCAGUCCGAGCUGGAUGAUUUCUCGGACUUUAGGGGCUGGUCCUCCGGGGCGGCCUCGGAAACGGAAAGGCUGGAGACGGAGGGCGCGACGGAGAGUGAGGCGCCGAGAGCAAAGACGCCCGCCGCCGUGCUGGCGGAAGCCGACUCGCCCGCGCCAAUCGUCCUCACCCCGAUGAAGACCGUCCAACUUGACUCGGCGCCAUCCGGUCAGAGGAGAAGCAAACGCCCUGCGGAGGACUUCCUCGCCUCUCUCUUCGGAUCACAGGACGAUCCCGCUCAACACGACUACGACUUUGACGCGGAGGGGCCUUUAUGGGGGCCGGUGCGUCACCCCUCCCAGUCUCUGCCCCUCUCCCAGAGUUCACUGGGGCGGCCUUGCUCACAGUCUUCACAGCCCAAGAAAAAGAAGGCGCGUAUGGGAUUUUGAUUUUUUUUUUUUUCAUUGCCCCAUGUUCAAAAUGCAGUCUUGACAUUUUUGGCUGAAAAACAUUUUGAGCCCCCCCCCCCCCCUCAUCCCAUCCCAUCCCAUAUACAGCAUUCAGUUAGAUGUGUGUGUGGUUUUUUUUUUUAACAAAAUCAAGUCAUUCCAUCAGUCACGGAUUUAUGGAACCUGAAACCUUCCCAACCCCCAAAG